GGGGUGUGUUGCAGCCUUGUCAACUGCGGGAACAGGGCUGGGGGGGACGCUGGAGGCAGAGCUGGCCCGACUUUGGAGGUUUCUUAUUUGUCCCUCCUGCUGGGAGUCAGUCCAGCCUACGAGCAGUCCUUGCUCGGCUGAGGGUGGGGAGGCGGUGGGUGAGGACUCGGGGACAAGUCCCGGAGUCCCCCGCCCUGGGCGCAGUGACUUGGGGGAGAUUCCAGGAAUUCUCCCACGAUGAGGGAAUCACCGGAGCAUUUCAGCCUGUGUCCAAGGCGGGCGCAUACUCCCGGGCGGGUUCCCGGACUUGGCAAGUUCGUGGUCUGAUUCUUUUGGGGCAGGUGGGGAAUCCCAGAGUCAGCUACUUUCCAUCCUCCCAACGCUUGGGUUAGAGUGUUUCAGAUAAGCGUUUUCUUGAUAGAGUUCGCCUGGGCUGGAAUGACAGUUUGCAAAACUCUGGUCUUUGAAUAAAAAAGUCAUAUACGCGAUUUUUUUCAUCCCAUAAAAAAAUGUCAUAAAAUUGAAGAACCAGGAAGCCAACGUAGAUCGUUUAGUCAAACGUCCACACCAACCGCCUGCCGUUUCUCUAAAAGGGGAAAUGCAUGGAAAGAGCUUAUAUGAAAAGUUCCCCAACGAGCCAACAGCCUGACAGGGACCUUAAUCUUCGUCUAAGCUCUUUAGCUUAUAAAUGAGGGUGCUUUUCUUAAAGGGUAAGCAAUCCCAAAUGAGAAAGAAGAAAGCAAGUCCCUUGAUUGCCCUCUUCUUCACCACAGCCCCUCCCUAGCUGGGUGGGGCCCUGAAUGAGGCACAGAUUAAACUCCGCUGCUGGAGGUUCAGAUUUAUCCUAAGCAGCGACACAGGGUGCAAGGCCUGCUCCUUGCAUAUCUGACUGCCGGGAUCUUUAGCUGAAAACUGAAGCUCCAAGUCUGGGUGUACUGAUUUGAAUCUUUUUCUCCUGUGAAAAGGCAAGAGAGAUGCAUUUCAUCUUCUCGGAUCAGGCAGUGCUGCUCUUUGAUUUCUGGAGUGUCCACAGUCCUGCAGGCAUGGCCAUUUCGGUGUUGGUGGUCCUGCUCCUGGCUGUGUUGUAUGAAAGCCUCAAGGUUGGCAAAGCCAGGCUGCUCCUCCAGGCCUUGAUGAGCCUGUCCACACCCACCAGGCAGCAGCUCAUCGAAGAGACAGACCAGGAUUCAAGUUCAGACUCACUCCCAGACAGCAGGACCCAUCUCAGGUGGUUCAUGUGUCACUUUGGCCAGUCUUUACUCCACGUCGCUCAGGUGGUCAUUGGCUACUUCAUGAUGCUGGCUGUGAUGUCCUACAACACGUGGAUUUUCUUUGGCGUGGUCCUGGGCUCAGGUGUGGGCUACUACCUGGCCUACCCACUUCUCAACAUGACUUAGCUCGUGAGGGCUGUGCAGGAACUAAGGGCUGGAGAGAGCAGGGGCCCCUUCCCCAAACAUUUAUCUUCCAGCCUCAUGUCUUCUGUCUCUUCUGCUGGCUAGUCUCACACCAUUCUCAGCUCCUGAAAACUUUCAGCUGAAGCCAGCGCAUGCUCCCUGGAGUUCAGAGGCCAUUGCGGCUCCUCAGCCGGCCUGUAGAGAGCUCAGGCAUAGUCAGUCUGUGCCUUAAAAAGGCUGCUGUGACCAGAGGGAGGAUGGAGAGACCAGAACCAGGGGGCAGGUUUGCUGAGCCCGUGAGGACUUAUCUGACUUAAAACUUACGAAUUUCCAAAGAUCAAGACAGGGAGAUGGUUCUGGGUGAUGAACCUGGAUAUCCUCUGCUCUCCUGAUCUGUGCCUUAUGCAGAGGAGCACCUUCCACUGGAAUUCCUGACUUCGGCCUCUCGGGGACAGAGAUGCGGUGGCUCCUUUUUCUCACCUUUCUGCCCUGGGACAGGUGAAGAUUGUGCCUUCUGUGGAUCAUGCUGACAAACUGAGAUUUCUCAUUGUUCCCACUGAAUGCCUGGUUGGCAAUUUUGCACAUUAAUAACAAAACCAAAUUUUUACUGAAAUGAUUUUAUUUUGUUCAUGAUCAUAGCAGCAUCUGCUGGGACCUGUUUCCCUUUCUUGGGGAGAGGAAGUGACAGCAGAUUAAAAGCAGAGAAGCAGGACUGUUUUCAAGGCCUUGACCUAUCUGAACCGAGGGAACUCCUCCCAUCAGAUGACACUGCCUGCGGGAAGAAGAUAGUUCAAUGCCUUCAGGUGUCCGGUAGCUCUUGUGGCCUUAAUAACCUCCUUUUAUCCUGAUCCUUCUUCUAUGCAAGAGCAAGAACUGCACUGAAUAACAUCUAAUACUAAUGCUAUUUACUACCUACUGUUCACACUCAUAAUCUGGUGGGGAAACAUGAUUCACUUAAACUACUGAGUAAGCCACAGGGGGUACCGACUGAAGAUGCAAUAAGUAAUCAAACCAAAGCAUUAUGUUAUAGAGUUAGAUAGGGCUCUUCAGAUAUUUGAACCUUUUCACUUAAAAAAAAAAAA